CACAAUGGCAGUAUGUCUGCCUUCAUGCCCUGUAAUAUGAAGGGAUAUCUCUGGGAAAUGACCCCUCUGCUGUUUGUGGUGCUAUUGGCCAGUGUUUCCAGGACAGUGUUGUGCCAGUCUGAGGAUUACGCUGAAGCGGUGGAUGAGGAGCCAACCGAUUGGGAAUCGCUAACUGAUGGUGAACCGUUUUUCUCAGCACGUCCUACUACUAGUGAUGCCACUUCGACACCUUACGCUUUCACCACACAAGAUAAUACUGAAGAUCAUGGCUCCGCAGAGGAGACUCCACUUGUCGUCGAAGGGCCGGAUCCAACAAUGACAUUUCCCGAAGACCCAGACUCCACACCAGAGGAGGAGAGUUUGAACCCCAUCAUCGUUCUGGUCCCUGUUGUGCUGGUGGUUGUGAUCAUCGCAAUGGUCGUAGGCGGUAUCAUAAUCAGCCGUAGGUGGAACCGAAAGCUGAGCGAUGCUGAUGCAAGACAAAAAGACCCAUAUUUGGAUGACGGCAGCACUGAAAGGGUACCAAUGCCGAUGUUUGAGGAAGAUGUCCCCUCGGUCCUGGAGCUAGAGAUGGAUGAGCUGGAUCAAUGGAUGAACAGAGAUGGUGGAAUUUCAAUGGACUUAAAACAUACAUGAAAAUAUUUAUGGCCCAAAUGGAACCGUUGGAGAUUUACUUCAUACUAUGUAGCAGUGUUUCUGGCUGAUGAAGCUGUACUUCUUUUUUCUUUUUUUUUUUGGAGAGUUUUUUUAAAAUUAUUAUUAUUAUGAUGUACUCCCACCAUUUGAUACCUUUAAAUUACAUACUUUUCAUUAGAAA